AUGGGUACUGUAUACGAAGAAGAAAUGGGUACUUCAAUUCUCCUGGUCUACUGCUCGGACAACGACUCUCCGGAUAAGUUCUUCCCAGCGGAUCCACGACUGGUCCAAGCUCAUUGGGACUCACAAAAUGAGAAGAAGCCGCCGCCGACUCCACCUGCAUCGCCAGUGUCUGGAAUGGCGACUCCGUCGACCGGGUUGAUGUCGGAGGUGUGGGAGGUUGAACGCUCACUAACGCCAUCUCCGACUUUUGAUGUUCCGAUGCCCCAGAACUUGGUCAUUGAGGAGAACCGAACCAGAGAUGCCAUUGGACAACAACUCGAGCUCGCUCGUCUUCAAAUCAACCAGAAUUCAAACGAUGUUGUUAUCAACAACAAGAGAAGCGUGACGUUCUCCCUGAAACUGGAGUACAUAGAGUACCAUCAUCACGCUAAUACAUGGAAAGCAGAGCUUUUCAAUAGUGGUCUUAAGAAAAUGAAGAAAAGUAAGAAGUUGGGAAGAAACAAGAAAAUUCGACAGGGUUCCGAGUGCAGAGGAUGUCAUGAGUGUCGUAUCAGCCAAGCUACUGUGAAUAGCCAGAAUGUAUUCAGGAAGAUCGCUAAGACUGUUGGUCUCUCUUCAUCAUCCAGAACCUACUCUAGAAUCUCAUCUGUGGUCCGUCGCGUUUGCGAAUUCACUUCCCGCAUCGUCGCUUAA